UAUGACAAAAAUUUGCAAAAUGAGAGCACCUAAAAAUCAAAACGGAUCGUUUUGGUGGAACACUCAAAAGUUAUAAGCACCCGGGGUUCCCUGUAUUUCUAUAUCUUGCUUUAAUCUUAUCAGGCCUAAAAAUUUCAUUUAAAAAAAUCUCGCUCGAAAAUAUCGUGUGCGUAACAGUUCAAAAUUGGCUCCAGGGGAUCGAUGCGAAAGAUUGUUGGUGUAGCUUCCAUUGAAGGCUAAGUGAAUACAUUCAUUAUGAAGGUUUAAAAAGUAAUCUACAAGAAAUUCGUGCAGAUGGACUUAAAUAUCGACUGAUCAGCUGCCAAUAGAUAAUUAGUCAAAACUACAGCAACACCAAUUCAGUUGCAGGAAUACCCAUGCUUUUAUUACAUUUUAGAAUCAUUCAUUUUUAAUAAAUGGUUUUUGGUGCCAUCCGGUCACACAUAUAUUAUUUCGUCGUGCACUUCUAAAGAAACGAAACUAAAUCAAUUAAAAACUAAACAUGGAUCAUUUCAGUUUUGGAGGAGCAGACUUAACGAGGGGUCAGAUUUUUCAAGUCAUAAUACGUUUAUCUGUUGCUUCAAUGGUUACAUAUUAUUCUGUUAAAUGGAUGAUGAACCAGCUGGACCCUACCAGUAAAAACAAAAAAAAGGCCAAAGGCCUUGCAGAAGAACAAUUAAAAAGGUUGAGUGAGAAUGAUGGAUUGAAAAUAAAUGCCCAUGACUUUAAUGACUACGAAUUGAUGAUUGCGUCACACCUUGUUGUUCCAGCUGACAUUACAGUCCGAUGGAGCGAUAUUGCAGGAUUGAAUUUGAUUGUUCAGGAGCUUCGUGAAUCUGUUGUUUUGCCAGUUCAACACAAAGAUUUGUUCAAAAGCUCCAAAUUGUGGCAGGCCCCAAAAGGUGUACUUCUUCAUGGACCACCUGGUUGCGGAAAAACUUUAAUAGCGAAAGCCACGGCAAAAGAGGCUGGUAUGCGCUUUAUCAAUCUGGACGUAGCCAUUCUAACUGAUAAAUGGUACGGGGAAUCUCAAAAACUUACGUCUGCUGUUUUUUCACUAGCUGCAAAAAUCGAACCUUGUAUAAUAUUCAUUGACGAAAUUGAUUCGUUCCUUCGGGCCCGUAAUUUAAAUGACCACGAGGCCACCGCAAUGAUGAAAACUCAGUUUAUGAUGUUAUGGGAUGGUCUAAGCACAAAUUCCAAUUCGACCGUGAUUGUAAUGGGCGCAACAAACAGACCACAGGAUUUAGACAAGGCUAUUGUUCGCCGAAUGCCAGCACAAUUUCACAUUGGUCUUCCAUCUGAAACCCAGAGAACAGAAAUACUAAAAUUGAUAUUAGAGUCUGAGGAAUUAAGUCAGGAUGUUGACUUAAAUCGUUUGUCUAAGCUCACCAACGGGUUUUCAGGUUCAGAUCUUCGAGAAAUGUGUCGAAACGCAUCAGUUUUUAGAAUGAGACAACUAAUUGACGUUAAAAAUACUUCAGGCUCUAGUAUAUCCGUCAUAGACAAGAAAAAUUUAAAAAUUACAAUGGAUGAUUUGCUGAGCUCACAUCUAAAAAUUAAGGAGUCUAAAAUGCACACCGGUAGUUUGUUUUUAGAAAAUAGAAUUGAUCUAGAUUAAGUUAAAUGCCACAUAUUAUAUGGUAAAUAAAUCCAUAACCUAAAUCAUUACCCACAUUCAUA